GACGAGGAAAUGGCCAGCUAAGCCAUCCAGCUAGUAAUUUGCUUGAAGGAUUGAGUACAGUAGCUCGACAGCUAGAGCUAUUAGUCUAAAGAGCUAGAUAGCUUGCUAACAUAUUUGUUAUCUGCUACGUCAGCCAUCUAUCAUAGUAUUUAGGAAUGCUCCAUAACUUGUCAGCAAACUAGCAAGACUAGCUAGCUAUUUCAAACAACCUUUAUUAUUGAAAUCUGCUAGAUGAUUACUGUGUGACUAGUAUGUGUCACGUUAGCUAGCUAACGUGUUAUGUUAUGUUAGCUAGCAAUCUAACGUUGGCAAGGCUCACAAGACCGAAGCAUAUAAAGAUACACCUGAUACAACAUUCAUACGGUGCUUGGACCAUAGCUGGGUUACGGUGUAACAUAGGUUAUCUCUUCUCGGAUCGACAAUGGCCUUCAGCAAAGGAUAUCGCAUUUACCACAAGCUGGACCCCCCUCCCUACAGCGUGAUAGUGGAGAGCAGAAACAAGGAGGAAUGCCUCAUGUUCGAGUCUGGCGCCGUGGCCGUUCUGUCGGCUGCCGAGAAGGAGGCCAUCAAAAGCACAUACACCAAGAUGGUGGACGCCUACGGGAUCCUGGGAGUCCUCCGGCUGAAUCUCGGUGACUCCAUGCUCCACAGUCUGGUGGUGGCCACAGGCUGUAGCUCGGUGGGGAAGGUCCAGGAGUCCGAGGUGUUCCGGGUCACCUCCACGGACUUCAUCUCCCUGAAGAACGACCCGGGGGACGAGGACAGGAUCGCGGACGUGAGGAAGAUCUUGAACUCGGGCAACUUCUACUUUGCCUGGUCGCACACUGGACUCAGCAUGGACCUGAGCCUGAACGCCCACCGCCGGAUCAAAGAGGACACCACAGACAACCGCUUCUUCUGGAACCAGUCGCUGCACCUGCACCUGAAACACUACGGGGUGAACUGCGACGACUGGCUCCUGCGCCUGAUGUGCGGCGGCGUGGAGAUCCGCACCAUCUACGCGGGCCACAAGCAGGCCAAGGCCUGCGUCAUCUCCCGCCUCAGCUCCGAGAGGGCGGGGACGCGCUUCAACGUCCGGGGAGCCAACGACGACGGGCAGGUGGCCAACUUCGUGGAGACGGAGCAGGUCAUUUUCCUCGACGACAAAGUGUCAUCUUUCAUCCAAAUCCGCGGGUCCAUUCCUCUGUUUUGGGAACAACCGGGAAUCCAGGUUGGCUCCCACCGUGUCAAGCUCUCCCGUGGGUUUGAGGCCAACGCACCAGCUUUCGAGAGGCACUUCAGUGCUCUGCGGAGGCUGUAUGGUAAACAGGUGAACAUCAAUCUGCUGGGGUCGAAGGAGGGAGAACACAUGCUCAGCAAGGCAUUCCAGAGUCACCUGAAGGCGUCGGAGCACGCGGGCGCCGUGAGGAUGGUGAACUUCGACUACCACCAGAUGGUGAAGGGGGGCAAGGCCGACAAGCUGCACAGCGUCCUCAAGCCCCAGCUCAGCCGCUUCCUGGAGGACUGCGGCUUCUUCUACUACUCUGCGGAGACCGGCGUCACCAGGUCUCAGAGCGGGACCAUCAGAACCAAUUGUCUGGACUGUCUCGACAGAACCAACAGCGUCCAGGCCUUCUUUGCCCUGGAGAUGCUGCCUAAGCAGCUGGAGGAGAUGGGUCUCACGGAGAAGCCCCAGCUGGUGGCCAGGUUCCAGGAGGUGUUCCGGGUCAUGUGGUCCCAGAACGGCGACUAUGUCAGCAAGAUCUACGCCGGCACGGGAGCCCUGGACGGCAAAGCCAAGGGGGGGAAGCUGAAAGACGGCGCUCGCUCGGUGACCAGAACCAUCCAGAACAACUUCUUCGACAGCUCCAAGCAGGAGGCCAUCGACAUCCUCAGGCUGGGCUCCACGCUGAACUCUGACCUGGCCGACAAGGCCCGCGCCCUGCUCACCACAUCCAGCCUCUACGUCACUGAGCCCAUCUUACAAUCAGCCUCUCCCCGGGUCUUACUGGGCAUGUGUCAGAACCACCACAAGUACACGCGCCCCCGCCGGGUCAGGGUGGGCGUGGGCACGUGGAACGUCAACGGGGGCAAGCAGUUCCGCAGCAUCGCCUUCCGCAACCAGACCCUCAACGACUGGCUGCUGGACGCCCCGCUGAAGGCGGGCUACCCAGACUUCCAGGACAGCAAGGCGAACCCCAUCGACAUCUUUGCCAUCGGCUUCGAGGAGAUGGUGGAGCUCAACGCUGGCAACAUCGUCAGUGCCAGCACCACCAAUCAGAAGCUGUGGGCAGCAGAGCUGCAGAAGAGCAUCUCGCGGGACCACAAAUACGUCCUGCUGGCCUCUGAGCAGCUGGUGGGCGUGUGCCUGUUCAUCUUCAUCCGCCCCCAACACGCCCCCUUUAUCAGGGACGUCGCCGUGGACACCGUGAAGACGGGCAUGGGCGGGGCCACUGGGAACAAAGGGGGCGUGGCCAUCCGCAUGCUGUUCCACACGACCAGCAUCUGCGUCAUCUGCUCCCACUUCGCCGCCGGCCAAUCACAGGUCAAGGAGAGGAACGACGACUACAACGAGAUCACGCGCCGACUCGCGUUCCCCAUGGGCCGCCUGCUGUACUCCCACGACUACGUGUUCUGGUGCGGCGACUUCAACUACCGCAUCAGCCUGCCCAACGAGGAGGUCAAGGAGCUGAUCAGGCAGCAGAACUGGGAGUCCCUGACCACGGGGGACCAGCUGGUGGACCAGAAGAACGCUGGCCUGGUGUUUAAAGGCUUCAUCGAGGGGAAGCUGGACUUCGCCCCCACCUACAAGUACGACCUGUUCUCGGAGGACUACGACACCAGCGAGAAGUGCCGCACGCCGGCCUGGACCGACCGCGUCCUCUGGAAGAGGAGGAAGUGGAACUUUGACAAAACCGCCGAGGAGAUGGACGGCGCCUCCGAGAGCGAAGGGGACCCUCAGGUCCCCUGGACCCCGGGGAGCCUCAAAUACUAUGGCAGGGCGGAGCUGAAGACCUCCGACCACAGGCCGGUGAUGGCGAUCAUCGACGUGGACGUGCUGGAGGUGGACCCGGAGGAGCGUCACCAGGUGUACAGGGAGGUGAUCGCCCAGCAGGGGCCCCCGGACGGCACCGUCCUGGUGGCCCUGUGCAGCUCCGGCCCCGACGACUACUUCGACGACGCCCUCAUCGACGAGCUGCUGGACAAGUUCACCGUCUUCGGGGAGGUCAUCCUCAUCAGGUUCGUGGAGGAGAAGAUGUGGGUGACGUUCCUGGAGGGCUACUCCGCCCUGGCCGCUCUGUCUCUCAGCGCCUCCACGGUCCUGGGCCACAUGAUCGACGUGCGUCUGAAGAGCCCCGGCUGGAUCAAGAGCCUGGAGGACGAGAUGAGCGUGGAGCGGAUCUGCGGCACCAUCCCCACCUCGGCCAGCUCCUCCCUGCUGGCCGAGGACGCGGACAUGGCGGACGACGACUACGACAUGGAGGGUGACGUGGACGAGGAAGUGGAGGAGAUCCUUCCCCAGCACCUGCAGCCUGGGGCGGGCUCCUCCGGGGCGGGCUCCUCCCCCGUCCCUUCCCCCCGGGGCAGCCCCUGCCACUCCCCCACCCACGGGGAACCCUCAGCCCCCAGCCGGCCCAGCAGGGCCCCCCCACGCACUGCCGGGCCCCCACAGGGGUGUCCAGCCGAGUACCAGCCGGGCGGUCCCCCAUCCCAGGGAACGGAGCCCAGGCGCCCCCCUCCCCCCCGGCCCAACGCCCCCCCGGCCAGACCGGCCCCCCCGCAGCGCCCCCCGCCCCCCUCAGGAUCAAAAAGCCCUGCGAUGGCUAGGCCAGACGCUGCCGGUCGAGGCCCACCAGGAGUCGGGGGCGUUCCCAGACCAAACAUUCCACCGCGGGCCGGCGUGAUCAGCGUGCCCCCCCAGGGCCGUGCCCUGCCCCCCUCCCACCCUGGAGCUCCCAGGCCCACCCCAGAGGUGCACCCCGGGGCCCCCCGGACCAUCCCGGACACCCACCCUGGGGCCCCAAGACCCGGCCCCGACGCCCCCGCCAAACCUGUCGACCUGCCUCUGGGCCCCCCGCCCACCGCGGCCCCUCCAGUGAGGCCCCAGGCCACUGCCUCUCCCAUGCAGAACCCCAUGGUGCCCCAGGCCACUGCCUCUCCCAUGCAGAACCCCAUGGUGCCCCAGGCCACUGCCUCUCCCAUGCAGAACCCCAUGGUGCCCCAGGCCACUGCCUCUCCCAUGCAGAACCCCAUGGUGCCCCAGGCCACUGCCUCUCCCAUGCAGAACCCCAUGGUGCCCCAGGCCAUUGCCUCUCCCAUGCAGACACCCAUGGUGCCCCAGGCUGCCCCCAGCCUCCAGCACCAGCUCCCCCCGCGCAUGCAGCCCAGCAUGCAAGCCCCUAUGCUGCCCCAGAUGGCCCCGGGCCCCCCCCAGGCGGGGUCAGCCACUGCCGUGCCCCUCCCCCAGGGCCUGGCCUCCCCCAAGCCCCCGCCGCGCUCCCGUUCUUCCCACGGCCUGCCACCAGAGGGCGCGGCCCCCACAGCGGCCCCCCCAGCCCAGACCAAUGGGAUGAACGGAAUCCAAAGAGAAGCACAAUGGAAGCCCGCCCCUUUCGACACGCCUGACCUGCUCUCCGCCUCCUCCUGGCUCAACACCCAGUCCCUCACCCGAGGCACCUCCCUGCGGGCGCCUCCCUCCGUGCCUGGCCCCUCCUCCUCCUCCGGGACCCUCCCCUCCUCCUUCUCCCUGGACUCGGCCCCUCUCUCCGCCCUGCUCGGGCCCGCCUCCCACUCCUCCUCGUCCUCCUCCGCCUCCUCCCUCUCCGCCCCCUCCCCCCUGGCGCCGUCCCUCCUCCCCCCUCCCCCGGUCCCGUCCCGGAGCCGGUCGCAGGAGGCCCUGCUGCGCGUCUCCCCCAACCCCUUCCUGACGGAGCCCGUCCCGGCCCGGCCCAACAGCACCAACCCCUUCACGGGCCCUCAGGCCCAGCAGAGCCAGCGGCGCUCCCUCACCCCCGACUUCCAGGCGCGGGCCUCCGGGCCGGGCCUCCAGAGGACCAUGUCUGCCUUCACCCAGCCCCUCAUCCCCAGCCCUGCCCCGGCCUUGCUCCCUACCCUGACCCCCACCCCGGCCCCGGUUCCUCCUCGCCCUCUCAGCAGAACCAUGUCCCUCUUCGUGCAGUCGUCCACCCUCCUUCCCCCUGCCUCGGCGCCUCUUCUCUUCAUCCCGGCCCCCGCCCUGCCAGCCGUGGCCCCUUCCACCAUCCCCGCCGCCCACCCCCAGCCUCCCCCGCCCGGGAAACGCCACCAGUGGGUCACCUUCGACGAGGAAUCCCACUUCCCCUCCCAGACCAAAGCUCCGCCGGCCGCGGCCCCCAUCUUCCCCUCCGGCUCCUCGCUCCCCCAGACCCAGACUCUGUUCCCCUGCUCGGGCUUCGACUCCGACCCCGGCUGGGGCGGCUCCUCCGCCGUCCCCUCCCUCCCUCCCCCCGUCCCAGCCAGGACUGCCCCCGGCCACCCCCAAGUCCCGGCCCGGCCCAGCGACGGCCUCCUCUUCCCCAAGGAGCUCACCGAGAGAUAGGACCCCCACCGUGUCAUGUACAGAGCAUAUCUAGAUGUAUAAUAGAACUAUGAUGUGUGUGUGUGGUUUGUACAAAGGCUAAUGUAUUUACAAAGUCAAGAGUGUUUUGCUUCCAAAUCCAACAAAAGGAUAUAUUUCUCACCUUUAGAGCAGUUAAGUGGGCACCAAAUGUGUGUUGGGUCCUGUUAAAGGCGACCCCCCCCCCCCCCCCCAACAUCCCCCAGCUCCCAACUCGGAUAUGAACAAUUGUGAAUAUAAAUGGUUCGGAUUUUAUUUUUGUUCUUAUCGUCGUGACCCGGAAACAUGUGCCUGUGUCUAUAUCGUUGUGUCAAGUCUCUAUCUAUGCGCACAAAUGUGGCUGAAACCUCCUGUGCAAUAUCGUCCGCAGCCGUGUCGUAUCGCACUCCGCGCCGCUCGGAGGCGCUCCCGCGUAAUCGCCAUGACGACCACACUCACCCCUCGGGACACCGCUGUCAAGUCAGCUGGCCCUAGCCCCGUCCUUCCUGUGAGAAAGUUUCACUUCCUGUUUCCCCCCCCCUCCCCACUGCUUAUUCUGCGGCAGGAUGCUCGCUUUGCAUGGGAAUAGUAUGGGCCACGAAACGCUAUUUCCUGCUAAGAGACUCCUCCCCUUCCACUCAGCCACUCACAGACCACUGGCCUGCCCAGGCGUGCGUUCCCAGUCUGUUGCAGUGUGUCUGCGUGUCUCACCCCCAGCCACUAGGGGGCUAGGGUGGUUCCUCAAGAAUGUAAAGUGAUCGUCGUUGCUCCCGUGUCGGGGAGGGGGGGGGGGAACGCAAUGAGGAAGACGAGACGUUGUUACAACCAAUCGCGCCGCGAACCUCCGCACGACCCGUGGUCAGGAUCUGACCCCGUACCAGUCCCCACGUCCUCUCCCUGAUCUCCGUUCGUCCGUAGAAACGAUGUGUUUAGCUGGGUGAAUUCGCCGUGUGGUCCUGUUCUUCCAGUACAUAGCGGCCGUCGUUACCUGCGCGUCUUCGGCGCAGAGGGAUUCGAAACGCCGCGUUCGCGUCGAGCGUGUCUCGCGAGGACGUGAGCGUGUAUGUGUACCGCGUGACGGUCCUCCAGUGUGUACGCUUGAGGGCCCCGCCAUCUCACGACAGGGAACUCAUGGAAGAUGACGACGGCUCCGGCCCUCAUCCUCCUCCACCUCCCUUCUCCUCCGUGUGUUUAGGACAUGGUAAACCAGUGGUUUGGUUUGGUCCAUUUUUAUCCAGAGCUUGGAACCUUCCAGUGCUGUAAAUUCUGAGAAUGUUGUGUGUUGCUUCUGUUUGGACAGGCGAAGAGGUGGUAUUAUCUAAUACGUCUUCACAGGCCCACAAGGCUGAAUCGGACCCCAGACAUAUCUGACAGGAAACAAUCGCGGGCGGCUUCUGUGGCGUGUUACAAAACGUGUAUUUUUCCGCAUUUUAAUUUCUCGCAAAGAUUAACUAUUUUCUUCUUCUUUUUCAAACAGAUGUAACUCAUGAUGAAUAUUUAUUAUCGGUACCGUGGUGAAGACGUACCUGUGUUGUAUUUGAGUUGUGUUGUCUGUCGUAGUGUGUGUGGUGUGUGUGUUCUGUGCGUGAGCGUGUACAGUGUUGGUGGGGAGCGUGUUAUCUAUCACAGUUUUCCACCUAAACGUUCCUCAAUGACUUCUCUAAAGUCUGUGCUCCAACCGACCAGGGUCAUUUACAGAGAUGCGGUGAGGAAAAAGUAUUGGAACGAAUUCAUGUGCAUUUGAUUCGCCUUGGGCUCUGCACUGAUGAAAGUGAUCCACCGGUCUCAAAAGCAGUAAGCCAAAUCGGGUGCAACCAACGAGUUCACAGUGUUGGAAAAUGGUAAUCGACCCAGAUCUGUCACAGUCACUAAAAUGAACUAAUAUUUGAGCUUCUUUGUCUUCUCCUUAUGCAGGGGGAAACAAACAUGUAUCUUUGUAUGGUUUCACACUGGAAGACAAACUUCUCAUUAGUAAUGACACUCAGUAACGGGGGGACUGCCCUGUUGCGGUUCCAGCGUAUCCAACCACAACCCCCCCCCCCCCUAAAAUACUGUUUAAAUGUGAGGUGGGGCUGAUCUCCACAGCACAGCCAUACUGCUUUCAGGUGCAUCUCUCAUCAUGUAUCGGAGGUGAACGGUGAUAUCUAGGCCUCUCCUGCGUGCCGUCUUCCCUGACCUGUGGUUGGUCCCCCUCCACAUUCCCUGACCUGUGAUUGGUCCCCUCCACAUUCCCUGACCUGUGAUUGGUCACCUCCACAUUCAGAGACACUUGAUGGUGGAUGUGGGCACUUAGUGUUCGCCCUGUCUGUUGUGAGUGUGUGUUGAAAGGUGUUCUUGUCAAAAUCCAUUGACACAUAUACAAAUAAUAAAAAAUAAAAAACACGAAUGCAAUUGUCACGACACCAUAUGGAGUAUCUAACCGUGUGGCGGAAUGUCAUUAGUAUUUUCUCCUGCGAGUUUCUCAGUGAGUGACAGGGGGGUGGCAUUGGCAUGUUGGGUAGGUCUACCGUGGUUGUUUUGUGUAAAGAGCAGUAUGAAGAAACUCAACCCCUUCCCAUGCCCCCUUAGACUUGAAACACACGCGUUCUGUACCAGCUUGAGGGGUUCUGUUUUUUCAAACGGAGCUGGGUAGUGCAGGGAGGGUCAGAGAUCAGAGUCUUAAAAUGCCAGCUAACUAAUGCUUCUCCUACAUAUUGUGCUUUGUCCAAACCAUGUACCAGCUGUGUCAUCACUGCAAUCCAAGGCUCUGGGUUGAGAUUGUUGACACUCUUAAGGCAGUACACUGUAAGCAAGUGGAUGAUGUCUGCCUGCGUACAAACUUGUAUUGGUAAUUGGAGAUUAUGUAACCACUUAAACACAAUUAUUAUGCUAUUGAGACAUGUGCAGUAAGUAGCUGAAGCGUUAUCUGUAGAAAUUUAGCCAGCGCUUCAUGUCAUGUUGAACAAGAGAUUUUAUAGGAAACAAAUGUACUUCUUUGUGAGGUGGGUGUCCCUUUAUAACUCAUAGUAAAGAAAAUUGUGUGUGUUGUUGACCAUAUUCUGUGUGUAUUAAAGAAAACAAGAACAUUGCAAUUCAUGUAUUAGUAUGAAAAGGUUCUGUAAUUUCAGUGCACAUCGUAUUGCACAAUUCUGUAUUAAGCAAUUUGUGUUGUAUGUAUGCAAUAAUAAAUGUAAAUUGACCUGAA